AUGACAGAGAUGAUGAGGAGCCUGGGAACGAAGCUGGGCCAAGCAGGCGGACACGGACGAGCGGCGUACGCCUUGUCUUUACCAUUCGCACAGCCUGAUUACAAUACAGAUCACCUCGAUGAUACGGAUGAAGAGCCUGUCAAGAAGAAGCGUAAAUUGACCAAGGCUGCUGAGACCAAGCUGAAGGCGAAAGCGAAGAAGAAAGCCGGCAAGGGUGAUGACAAUGACAAUGAUGACGAUGACGAAGAUGCGUACACCGCGUUAUCAAAGUCCAUGUUCACAAACGGCGCAGGGCCGAAGCCCCCAAUCGGUAGUUUUGAGUCCUGCGCAAAGUGCGAGAAACAAUUUACGACAAAGUAUACCAUGGCUGCACAUCCUCCCCCCGGCUUCUUGUGCCACCAAUGUGCUAAAGCGUCUGGCGCAGACCCGUUUAAGAAGCCAGCAGCUCCGAGAAAGCGCAAGACACCCGGGGAAAAGCGCACGAUAGUCAACUUUGAGGAAAGACGAUUCCCUAGUUUGGCUUCGCUCUGUAUUCAGGUUAUAUCAAAGUUUAUCAACGAUGUCGAGGCACUGGGCGAUAUUGGAUCCGCUAAUGUUGACAAUAUUGUUCGGGCACUUUCCAGAAACCGGAGCUUAACGCAAGAGAACGCGAACUUAUUCUACAGCGCAGAGAAUACUAGCCUGACUUUGUACGAUGCUACAAAGCUUGUGCCCGACGCUUUAUCCUCUCUCGCUCUCCUCAAUCCCAAUCUCACCGACCUGCGUCUCGAUUUCUGUGGUCGCAUGAACGACGAAGUCCUUAACACUUGGUCAACAUCGUUACCAAACUUGGAGCGCAUUGAACUCCUCGGACCCUUUUUAAUUCGUGUUCCUGCAUGGGUCCGGUUUUCAAAGUCGCAUCCCCAGCUGAAGGGUUUCCUCAUUACACAGAGCCCACGCUUUGAUCUCGAGUGCAUCAAGUCAUUGUGUCAGAGCUGCAAGAAUCUCACUGAGCUCCGACUCAAGGAGAUCGGGAAACUAGAUGACAAGUUCAUUGGACACCUGAAGAAGCUCACUAAACUCACCCACCUUGAUUUGUCUGACCCCACAGAGUCACUUUCUGUAAAGGCCCUCAUCGAUAUGCUCAGCGUUCUCGGCCCUACCCUGACCCACCUCGAUCUGUCUGGGCAGAGCACAAUAUCGGACGACUUCCUCAAAGACGGCUUAAAACCUCAUCUUCGUGACAUCACCUCGCUUUCCCUUAACAACAUUCCACUGCUUACGGACGUCGCAUUCGCUUCUGUCUUCGAGGCGUGGUCGGAAUCGCACUCUAACAUGAAUCUUCAUAUCCUUUCUCUGUCCCGUAUAUUCGAACUCGGCAGUAAAACACUGCUUGCCCUUCUGUCUCAUCCGUGUGCUUCAAGCAUGACACAUCUGAAUAUCAAUGCGUGGAGGUACAGUUCCGAGGAAGCUCUGAAGACGAUCGGCGAGAAGGCAGGACAGCUCAUCAAGUUGGACAUUGGAUGGAAUAGGGACGUCGACGAUUUCACAGUGAAGACUAUCUUAGAAGGGUGCCCCAAAUUAGAAGAGCUGAAGGUGUGGGGAUGUAAUAAGGUGACGGCGAAUUGCCCCAAGAGACGAGGCGUUAGCAUUUUCGGUGUUGAAUCGCACACGUCUGCUUAG